GUGUUAGUCUAGGCGCUCAGUACAUUGUGGUUUCGUGUGAGGAAGUAUCUCGGAGCCACAGUCUGCUGCUCACAUACAUAUACUGAGACGCUGACUAUGACACAUCUGGAGGUGGGGGGGCUGACUGAACAUAAUACCCUAGAUUCUCAGUACGGACAGAGGCAAUGACAGAUAACUAUGGAGAGCUUUCUGCUGCGCGGCAGGCUCUGCGAGACAGCUACCAAAACCUGCAGAAUGUCGCUGAUUACUGCGAGAAGAACUACAUGGAGGCUCCCGACAAGCGCAAGGCUCUGGAGAAAACCAUGUCUCUAGUCACCCAGACCCUGGCCAGCGUGGUGUCUCAAGUGGGAAUAGCUGCCAGAUACAUGUCUGAGAUGCUGGAAGAACAGAGCCUGGUUCUACAGAAGGAGGAGGCUAAAGUCCGAAUUAUCUCCCAGUUAAUAGAUAUCCAUGGCGAAAAAGUUUCCAGGCGCAAAAUUGGAAGUUUGACAGUUUCGAAGAAGUUCCCACGCACUCAAAAAAUUGUGUAUGGAGAAAACAAAGGACCGCAGUCCACAUAUGCCAGAAAUCCCAUUAAUUUCUCUUCCCUUGAUAACACUGGUCAUGGAAUGACGGACUCUGAAACACAGCAAUUAUCAAAAACUGGGACCAUGUCACGCAAGAUAAGUGUAAAAUCGAUGACCCAGCCUCAGAACUCAUUUGGUAGAAGCUGUCGGAUAAAGGAUGCAGUCGCCCCUCCCCUGGUUCCUGAUGUGUUUCCACAAAUUCCCAAUGGAACAGCUUCCAGUGUCCCUAAUUCCCCCAUUAUGGGUAAUGAUCUUCCUCUACCCCCUCUACCUGAGUACUGUGACCUUCCUGCAGAUGAAAGGCACACAACAAGAUCAGAUGCCUGGCUCUCCAACUUCUCACCUACCGAUAAUACUGAUGAGUUUCUCCCUCCACCUCCUACUGAUGAUCAUGCAAUGACAGAUACGUGUUGUCCUAAAGUAAAUGGUUCUCAAUUGUCCGGCUACCCACUUGCAGAAUAUAUCGGUGAUUCUCUUCCACCGCCUCCCGCCCCAGAAUUUGAAACAACAGAUUCCUAUUGGUCAUGUGGAAAUGCUUCUGAUGUCCCACCGUGUCCUCCUCCCCUGGAUGACCUCCCUCCUCCUCCAGACUGCUAGACACAGCGAUUUCUCAGAAGAACUCCGGGAGGGGUACAGAGGGCAGGCAGCUUUUUGUUUCUCCUUUUCGCAUUUCAAGACUUUGACGUUUUUUCUGACUACUAUGAAAAUAUAAACACAUUAAAUGGGUAGACAUUAUCUCAGAUAGACAGUUGGUCUCAUUUUCAACUGUUUUCCUUGUUUCAUAUAGUCAUGAUCCAGCCAAGAGAGAGUGUUCCUGGAUUUAAUUUUCACUUAUUUUAAUAAAUAUUUCCCCAGCCGGGGGGAACAGUUAUGUCGGAAUACACAUGACAUUUAGUGAUAGAGCAUGAAGGAGAGGCCAAAUGUUUGAUUUGUGUGCCUGCACAGUAGGGGCCCUUUUAGACCCUAUAGAGGAGCCUAAAACUGGAGCACACAGAAUCUGGUGCAGCUUUGCAUAGUAACCAAUCAGCUUCUAACUUCAGUUUGUUCAA